UCUCAUUUACCUUUAUACAGCAGAGCUGUAUCCAACAGUCAUAAGGCCUAUGGAGACAGCACGGAUUGCAGUUGUGGGUGCAGGUGUGAUGGGGCUGUCUACUGCUGUGUGCAUUUCUAGAAUGGUCCCACAAUGCUCCAUUACAGUCAUUUCAGACAAGUUUACUCCUGAUACUACGAGUGAUGUGGCAGCUGGAAUGCUUAUUCCUCAUGCUUAUCCAGACACACCCAUUCCCAAGCAGAAACAGUGGUUUAGAGAGACUUUUGAUUACCUGUUUGCAAUCGCCGCUUCUGCAGAAGCCAGAGAUGCUGGUGUGUGUCUGGUGUCUGGUUGGCAGAUAUUUAAAACUGCUCCUGCUGAGGAAGUGCCGUUCUGGGCUGAUGUGGUUCUGGGAUUUCGAAAAAUGACCGAGGCCGAGCUGAAGAGAUUCCCCCAACAUGUGUUUGGCCAGGCGUUCACUACCCUGAAGUGUGAAGGUGCUGCCUACCUCCCGUGGCUGCAGAAAAGGUUAAAAGGAAAUGGGGCACUGAUACUCACGCGACGAAUAGAAGACCUAUGGGAGCUUCACCCAUCCUUUGACAUCGUGGUCAACUGUUCAGGACUUGGAAGCAGAAAGCUGGCAGGAGACAUGACACUUCUCCCUGUGAGGGGCCAAGUGCUCACAGUCCAGGCUCCUUGGGUGAAGCAUUUUAUCCGAGAUGGGGAUGGGUUGAUAUACAUUUACCCUGGUGCAUCCAGUGUAACCCUGGGAGGAACUAGGCAAAAAGGAGACUGGAAUCUGUCGCCAGAUGCAGAGGUUAGCAGAGAUAUUCUUUCCCGGUGCCGUGCUCUCGAGCCUUCCCUCCAUGGAGCCUGCAACAUAAGUGAGAAGGUGGGCUUGAGACCCUGUAGGCCAGGCGUGCGGCUGCAGAAAGAGCUGCUAGUCCGGGAUGGCCAGAGGCUGCUCGUGGUCCACCACUAUGGUCACGGCAGCGGGGGCAUCUCUGUGCACUGGGGCUCAGCUCUGGAGGCUGCCAGGCUGGUGAAGGAGUGUGUCCAUGCCCUCAGGGCCACUCUUCCCAGGUCACAGCUGUAGGCGACAUAAAAUGAGGGCAAAUGGCUCUGGAGACUGUUGACUGAGACAAGUCAGGCACCAAGUCAGAACAGAUUCAAAUAGCUUUUCAUUGCAUGAAAGUUUUGUUAAACAUGUCCUUGUCUUCAAUUUUAGAAGAGAGGCAUUAUAUCUUAGUAGAUGGAGUGCGAAACUAAUCUAAUCUAGUGCUAACCCAGUAGUAGGCCGAAGUCUGUGCUAGUGUGAGGGGACAUACACUCUGUUUUUACUGAAAAUGUUUCUGAUGAAGUAAGGUUUCUUUUAGGUUUGGUAUCCAAAGGUCUGUGCUGAUUUAUACAGAUGCUGAAAACGAUAGGGAUUUUGACACUUUUUUGGCUUCUAAAUCCACACAUAAAGACAAUGUAUGGAAAACACUUGCUGUCACUUGCAGAGCUGUCCUUGAUGCCUGUAGCUUAUAGUAAAGUGAGCAUUAUAGUCUCUAAAUAAAAUGAUACAGUGAUCAUACAAUACAAGCUUAUCACAUUUUUAAAAAGAUUAUUUAUGCAUACAGAGCUGGGGUACAG